AUGAAAGUCGUGAAAUUAAUUGAAACCAGAGUCACACUGACGAGUACGAAUAAUCCGAAAUCGCCCAUCGAAAGGCCAGACAUACGAUUGGUCGAUGGUCCAUCGAUACUAACCGGAAGACUGCAAAUAUUUCACAAUGGAAAAUGGAGAUCCGUUUGCACAAAUUCGAGAAAUUGGACGAGAGCGGAUAUGGAAACGGCAUGCAGACACCUCGGAUUUCAGGGGGGGGAAUGGUGGGGUUGGGUCAAUAGAGAAACGGGUACGGCCGCUCCGAGACUCUUGUUGGAAAAGCCAAAAUGUUCGGGAGUCGAGAAAAAUCUUUUCGAAUGUCAACAAUGGAGCACGAGACAAUUGGGAUCCGGAGUUUGCGAUUAUCAUCCGGAUUUAGGUAUCGAAUGUUUACCGUCGCACGCAUCGAACACGGCAACCGUUCACCACUGGAGAGGAAUAAGGUUCGAAAAUGCCAAAUAUGAAAAACGUUUGAAAGAAUCCAACACUCUAUACGUUCCAGAAUCGAAAUCCGUUUUGGAAAACGUCGACAUACUCCAUGCGGGAUCCGGAAGGGAUUAUAAUGCAACGUCCGCGGUGACGGUCGUCGGUGUACCACCCGUAAUGGUGUCCAUUAACGUUUUCCACUCGGCUUAUAAUGGUAUAAACAUAACACUACCGAAAUCACCGGUCGUAUUGAAAAAUUCAACGGUUCGGGGUAACAGGGGUCACGGGAUUUUCUUGAACAGUUCAUACGGUGACGUUUUGAUAAGUAACACGAUUGUUUCCGACAACGGAGGUGACGGACUACGUUUCGUCGUACACGAACAACAGAACGCACAAGACGAACAAUUCGACAGGAGUAGUUUCUACGAUUUUUGCAUGAUACCGACGACGGCGAGUCAAACGUAUCCGGUAAGAGUUUGGAUGCAACAAACGGAAUUCAAUCCGAAUUCUAAGGAAUGUUAUCAGAAUUUUCGCACGGCCUCCGAUAGAGUUUUAACGUUCGAAGUUGAUUAUGCCAUGUCGGGAGGAAAUGACGACGGCGACGGUGGCGACGGCGUCAACCUUUCCGUUUACGACGGUUCUUAUUUCACCGAUCCACUCCUCGUCGACGUACCUGUAAGAAACAAAACGAGACCUCAAACCGUCGUCACGACCGGAAAUUCAAUGUUUGUCGCAUUCAAAGCCAAACCUCACGCGAAAGCAUUGAUUUAUAUAAAAAUAACGGCGGGCAAAACGAAAAGAUACGAUUUGAACGUUACCGGAAGUACGAUAGUCGACAAUAACGGAAGAGGAAUCGCGGUUGAAAAUUUAAACAGCGGCGUACACGUUCAUCAAACCUCCGUUUCGAAUAACAAACACGUUGCCGGUAUCCACAUUUUAAACGGAGCCGGUGACGUAAACAUAACGGAAAGUAGGAUAGCUUUCAAUCAGGGUGACGGAGUCAACAUAUCGUACGCGGGUGGAACGAGAAACAUAACGAAAUCCGUUUUGUCAUCCAACAGGGGAUUCGGGAUUUCGAUUUGGUUAAACGACACGAAAAAUCCCGAACGGAUUUUGACGAAUCAGGAAACCAUCAUUUCCUACAGCGAACUAUUCAAAAACGAUUUGUCGUCCGUUUUCGUGGGAAAUUUUUGCGGGGAUUCAAUCGUCAACAUAUCCGGAAAUUGGUUCAACGAAUCAUCCGACAACGCCGUAGAAAUUCAAACUUGCUGGUUGAAAAAUUCAUCGCUCACUCGUUUGCAAAUCGGACACAACGUUUUUUACAAAAAUGAAAAAUUGGGCAUUAAAAUCGUGCCCGCGUUGAAUUUGAAGGGUAAAAUCGAGUACAAUCACGUAAACGAACACGCGUACGGUGGGAUAUUGAUAAAAAAUCCCCUCGAAUACGAAGAACAAUACGACGAUUUCGAAUCGAUGCCCACGGAUUUGCUCGUUCAAUUCAACGAAUUUCAAUUCAACAGAGGCGUCUACGUCGUCAAUUUGGGUCUCUCGCCCUACAGCGACGUUCAAAGGAUUUUAUUCACGAGAAAUUUCGUUCGGUACAAUAAGAUAAAGGAACCCUUCGACAGAGGGAUGGGAUACGCGGACGAGGGCAAAAUACGAUUGAAUCCGAGGAGUCGCGUGUCCGCACCCGUCGUCGUGUCCUCCAGCAACGUCGACAUUUUCCGUAACAUAAUACAAAAUCACGAGUCCAAAUACGAAAUCGGAAGUCAUUUGGAGGAUCAAAGUCAAGUCAUAAAUUGCACCUACAAUUGGUUGGGAUACUCGCAAGAGGAAAAAAUUUACUUUCGUUUGUUUCACCGAAAGGAUCGUUACAAUUUGGCAAAGAUCGAAUAUCUACCGUACCUUUUGCACUCGAGUAAUCCCGCCACGCUCACGACCGUCGUCAAUCCCACUUUCGUCCCGCAAUUUUGGAACCCGGGAUCGAACGUCGUGGGCGGUGAAGUCGACGGGAUCGAAAGUUUAAGAGCCGGAGAGUAUUUCGUGGAAAGAGACAUAAACAUAAGGCCGGGUGGUAAAUUGACACUUCACAGCGGAGUCACCCUCAGAUUUUCUCCGAGCGUGGGUUUGAUGGCCGGAGGACGAUUGGAAGCGAGAGGACACGGUCCCAACACUAUUCUAUUCACGUUGAAAGAAGAUAGAAUCGAACCCGUCGAAGGAGAAAACGAAGGUGAACAAUUGGCGCGAGGACCCCAGGAAAACAACGAUACGAACGUUAGAUUGUUGGGUGGGAAAAGCGAUAAAGAAGGAAGGUUGCAAGUGAAAGUGGAUGGUAAAUGGGGAACGGUUUGCAAUUACGGUUGGAACGUCGUGAACGCGGCGCUCGCGUGUCAUCAAUUGGGUCUCGUUUUAAAUCCGCACGAUUGGUAUCUCGAAAGAAGCGAAAUCCCAUUGGCGGGCAUAUCCGAAGACAUAGUUUUGAGUAACGUCAAAUGCACGGAAGAAGAUUUGGAUUUGAGCAAAUGCAAAUCGGAAAAGGUUGGAGAUUUCGAAGGUUCUUGUUCUCACGACAACGACGUCGGAAUACGAUGUCACGAUCCCGUUUGGGCGGGAAUUCGAUUCGGCGUUCUCUCCGAGCCCACGACUCUACAGUACGUCACCAUCGAAAAAGCGGGUCUUUUGGAUCACGCGACGAACGCUUUUAAACCCGCAUUGCAAAUCGAUUUCGCUCGUCACUCUUUGGAAAACGUUCGCGUCGUCUCCAAUUCCUACGACGGUUUGGGCGUCAUUUAUUCCGAUCUUUACUCGUCCGGUGCGAGCAACACGAUCAGGAAUUCCGAAUUCAGUUUUAACAAAGGGAACGGAAUCAGUUUCAAACAAGUCGGAAUGACGAUCGUCGGAAGCAGUCUGGAAAACAAUCAAUUCGCCGGAAUACGUCACGAUCCGUCGAUGACGAAAAAACAACAGAGAGAAUUAGCCGGAUGGUUCGUCGAGAGAUCGGAUCCGUACAUUUACAAUCCGAUUUACGUCCCUCACACGUCCAACAUCAACCUGGAAGAUACGGAAAGUCGUUACGUCAUAACUCAAAAAAUCUCGACGACGAACGAUCCAAUUGAAAAAACGUUCACGGUUCGAGUUCGUCCGGGUUACGUCAUCGGCAUUCAACUUCUGAAUCCCGUUCACAAUCGAAGCACCGAAGAAAUAAACAUUUACGAUUCGCAAAGUUUAUCGGGAUCCCCGGAAUCGUGGAAUUUGAAAAGGGAUCUAACGGUUUUCCCGACGACGAGCAGUUCUUUCGGCAUAACGAUCAAAUAUUCGAGCGGAUCGAAAGGUUUGGGCGGUUGCGUUUUCAUGUUGUCGUCGAUUCGCGCUCCCGUUCAAAACGUUCCCAACAGAGUCGUCCGCGGGGCUUUUUCAUCGCUCACGAUAAAAGACACGAAAAUCAAAGGGAACGAAAAAGGAUUGUGGUGUUCUUACUACAACAGGUACACGGACGAAUUCGGGGAUCAUUAUUUGAGACGAUCGAACGAAUCGAUAACGAUGAUCGGUUGCGAAAUAUCACACAAUCGACAGGAAGCCGUUUACGUCAAUUCUCCGUAUUGGAACGUUCACCGUUCGAACAUAUCCGAAAUCACGUUCGUUAUAAAUUCGACUCUCAUCAUCGAUAACGGAAGAGGGAUUUUUCAAUUUAGCAGGGACGUUCGACAAUCAAAUAAUUUAUUUCACUGGUUCCUUCACGACAAUUCCAUCGAGAGAAACAUUUACGGAGGAUUCGAAGUCACUCUUCCCUACGUUUGGCAAUACAACGAAAAUUUCACUCAUUCGCUCCGUUUCGUCAACAACACUUUCCGUGGCAACAGACAAUUUUCGUUCGUCGUCGACGGUCACUACGCCGUCCUCAACAUGAGCGACAACGUUUUCACCGAGAACAAAUGCAAAACGGGACUCGUUUCGUUUAGGGGAAUGGAAAAAUUCAUGAACGUCGAUGGUAACACGAUAGAAAGGAAUUCCGGGUCGCACAUGAUCGAAUUCAAAAUCGAAAGUCAAUCGGAAAUAUUGGGAUACGUUCCGGCUUCGUUUCGGUACAACGUCGUCAAGGGAAACAAUCAACAGAAUUUCCUGUCGUCGAAGGGUUUGCAACAGUACUACAGAUCCCCGUCGUUCGUCAUAGGUUUCCACGGCAUUCAACACGUGCGAAUCAACAAUAAUCUUUUCGGACGAAAUUCUCUCGACUACGAAUUGAUCGCGGGGAUUCGAACGGCCAAAUUGGACACGUACGUCGACGUGACGCACAAUUGGUGGGGUUCGAGCGACAUAAACGUCAUAAAGGAAAAAAUAUUCGAUUUCGACGAUUGGAACAAUCACGCCAUAGCCAAUUUUCGACCCUAUCUCGUCGAGGAUAAAAUGAACGGAUCCCUUUCCGUGUCGUGGGAAACGCCCGCGGUUUUCGACGCGAACAACAUCGGAGGACGCAUAAAAAACGAUUUGAUUUUAUAUCCGAGAGAAGAGCCAUAUGUCAUAAGGAGAGACAUAACCGUCAUGCCGGACGUGACUUUGACCAUCGCUCCUGGAGUCGUCAUGGAAUUCGAACCAAACAUUGGAAUAUUAGUGCUCGGAACUCUAAAGGCACGGGGUAAAAAACACAAUCCGAUAAUUUUUAAACCUUCGCCCGUGUCGAAUCCGGUCGACAGAUAUUUAAGAUCGGAAAAUUUGUACACUCCUUCCGUUCGACUUUGCGCCGGUGAAAAUUGUUCCCUCGAAUCCCCGAAACCCGUCAAUUAUGGUUUUUUGGAAUACUACAAUCGUACGACGAUGCAAUGGGUUCCCGUUUGCGACGAUAGGUUCACGGAAAAAAAUGCACAGGUCGUGUGCAAGGAAAUCGGAUUCGAUUCGAUAAACGUGAGAUUCGAUCUAGGACCGAGAGUGGAAUUUCAUCCCAAUUCUCUCACGAGGAUUUGGUCGUAUCCGGAACCCCUUCAAUGCACCGGAAAUGAAAACAGACUCGAAGAGUGUGAAAUACGUCUCAACGGACAACAGUAUAAUCACGUUCACGAGUGUUACUGGAAUUCGGAUUUUGUUUUCGUUCACUGCGGAGAAAGAAAUCUACCCAAACACAUGCUCUAUUGGGGUGGUAUCAGGUUUGCCAACGGACGAUUCGAACAAAAUUUUUACGAACAUCGAAUCCAUGACGUCGUCACGCACGAAACGUCACAGAGAAGCGAAAGCGUUUUGGAACACGUCAACAUAACCGGAGCUGGAAUACUACACAAUGAAAAAUCUCCAGCCGUUCAAGCCGUCGUGAAAAGUCCGCAUUUGUCAAAUUUGAACAUAACAUUUUGCGCGGAUGAUGGAAUCAAUUUGAUAUCACCAAGCGAUCACAUAAGAUUACUUUUCUCCAGCAUACAAAAUAAUUUAGGAACUGGAGUGAGCGUUCUAUCGCUCACCGGAGAAGGAAGAGAUUCGGAAGAAAGUUCUUUUUACCCGUUGAAACAAGGAACGGAACCCUAUCACAUAUUCAGUUUGGUCGACGUGUGUGACACGAACAAGGAGAUUUUGGUUGAGGAAAGAGUCAUUUUAUAUUACAAAUACGACAACGUGCCCGUCAAUUGCGUCAAAAUUUUCCGUAACGUCGUCAAACCUUUCGGAUUCAGGUUGUUACAAUUCAAUCUCUACAACAGCACGACGAAACCCGGAAGACCGGAUACGAUUUCCGUGUACGACGGAAGCAUAUACAACGUGACGGCUCCCCUACUCACGACCAUCGAAUCCGGAUCUCCCCUGGGAAAGAAAAUGAUAAAAACGACGGGACCCUCGUUGAGCGUUCGAUUGUUUGCGAACGGAGCGAGUAGCGUGCACGGUUUCAUAGCGGAAAUUGUCACGCUACCGAUAUCCGCCAUCGGAUUCAAUCGCGACGUUCAACAUAACAUAUCGUAUUCCGUUAUAUCGAACAACGAACGUGGAGCCAUAGACUACCGGAGCGCUGGAGAAGUCAAUCCGACACUCACAGUCGAAUGGAAUCAAUUCACGAACAAUUGUAAACAUUUAUACGGUAAUUUCACGACGUGCGAAGCCGCCAUACAACUCGACGUACAAAAUCCUCAAAAUUUUUACUUUAGGAACAAUUUGAUUAAGAGAAAUCAGGGCGGAUUACAUUUGAGAACGGAUUCGAGAGGUUCCGCGACGGCUUUGAAAGGUUGGAUAUACAAUAAUUUAUGGACGGAAAAUCGUAACAAACCCGUUUUGCACGUGGAAGGAAGGAAAAAUUCCGCGUAUCAAGAAGUGACGGUUUUUAGAAAUUUUUUUUCGAAAAAUUACGCGCCCUACGAGAACACGAUCAUAUUGAAACAGGUCAUAUCGAAUUUCACGUACAAUUACAUACAGGAAAAUUGGGGAGCCUACGUUUUGGAAGUGUCCGGUUUUCAAAAAGUUCGCUUGCCCAUUUACCAAUCCACGUCGCACAACGGAUUCUAUCACAAUUACGGAAUGAAUAGCGAAAAUCACGCGACCAUAUUGGCUGGAACGGCUGGACAACAUUACGUUGAUAACGUUUUAUUUAAUCCGGAUAACGAUUAUGAAAUUGUGACCGUCAACAGAUCCCUCAGUUUGGACAUUUGGAAAACAUCCAUUGAUGCGAAACACAAUUGGUGGGGAUUCAACGAAACUUUGGCCGUGUCCGGACGAAUAAAGGACCGAUUGGACGAACCCGAUUUGCUCGAAGUCAAUUUUCAACCCUUUUUGCAAAGCAACAAAUCGAUAUUGGACGACAAGUGUCCACCCGGUUGGAAAUUGUUCACCGACACGUGUUUGAUAUACGUGGGAGCUCCGAUGUCGUUUCGAGACGCCCGAGAUUUUUGCGAGGGAAACAACGCGACGAUGCCGUACAUAUUUGGAAAUCACCUACGCCUCUACCAGUUCCUACGAUCUCAACAAAACGAUUUUCAAUUCUACGAUCGAGUUUGGAUUCGACAUCUCGACAAGAUAAAAGAAUGCACGGUUUUCACGUAUCAGCGAAUCGAAGUCGACGAUUGCGAACGAUUGAGUCCCUUCGUGUGCGAAAUCGAUCCAUCGGUCACGAUAAAUUUAUUCUUUUGGAAAAACGACACGACGAUAUUGGCCGUCUUCGGAGCCGCCGGAUGCAUUCUUCUUCUCAUGGCAGUCAUCGUCAUCUUGUGGUGCACCAAGUGUAAAAAAAGAAGAGAAGAAAGAUUGGAAAGGAGGAAUUCGAUAAGGCAAUCACUCAGAUCCCUGAAAUCCGUGGGUUCGACGAACGGUUUGAGCGACAUCGGAUAUCGUCAAAACGUUGGAUCGUCGUCGUCGCAAAAAUCCAGUCCGACAACUCUGACGAAAGACUACAAGAAGAUGAUGAACGGGAGUUUGGAUUCGAUGGAGAAAUGCCAGUACAAUUCGAGCAUGGACGACACUCAAAGCUACGACAUUUACGAAGCGCACAAUCCGAGUCUGUCGCCGAAAUGGGAUCAUCGUCCUUCGAGACCGAGCUUCGACCUGACGUAUCAGAACAAGGGAUUCCGGGAUAAUUCGACGUUUGCAUCUCGCGAAGACAACGCCCUCAGCGAUACGACGACGGGACACGACAACUACUACGACACGGGAACCCUACCCCUCGCCUCUCCCAGCAUCGCGAACACGGAUUCUAUAACGGAUUUGAAGAGAGGAGUGCUACAGCAACAGCAACAGCAAGGACGACAGGAGCAACCGCAACAACCACCACCGAACGGUAAAUACCUCCCCUCUAAUUUCAGGCCUAACAAUUAUUACGUUCACACUCCUCCUACGUACGACCGUUCGAUCCACGUCGCGACUCCCGAUUCCGAACUACUCACCGAAAACGGUUACUUCUACAAUAAUCCUCCUCCAAUGCAAACCUACUACGAUUGCAACAACAGCAUCUUCGACAUGUCGACGACCAAGAGUAAACCCUCGACGGAAUCACUUUUGGAAACGAACGUGGACGACGACGAAGAUAAUACUAAGAAAACUCACGUGAGUAGUGGUGGUCAUCUUCCGAAGGCGAAGAGCGAAGCACUCCUCGAAACGAACUUCGACGUCUUCGAAGUCGGUUUACCUCCCCCAAGCGAAGGACUAUCACUCUCCAGCAGGAGUAAGAGUCAACCCCUUGAGACGUCCAUGUAG